AUGACGUUGUCAAUGAUUCUUGAUGUUAACAUUUCUUGGUCUUCUAUGUGUCUUGGUUCUUUCUGUCACGUUGCUUGCACUUUUUUGGAUUCUGCAGAUCCUGAUUUUGAAAAUGUGGUUCAUAAGCCACGCAAGCCCUUUAAUUGGCUGCUGUUUAGAUGCAUCUUUGUUCUUUCUGUGAUGUUGCUUGCAAUUGUGCAUUUCCUUGGAAAAGUCAUAGAUAGCUUGGGAUUUAAUUGCAAAUCUCCUGAUUUUCGAGGAGAUGCUGGCUGUGUAGAGAAAGGGGCGAAAUCAGGAUUAGAUGUCUUUGCUCAUAAUAUUGAAACGGUUGAAGAGCUUCAGAGUUCUGUGCGUGAUCACUGUGCUAAUUUCAAGCAGUCUUCAGAUGUUUUAGUGAUGGCCAAGGACUACGCUCCUGCUGGAACUCUUGCCAAAACUUCAAUAAUGUUAGGCUAUGGAGAAACACCCGAGCAAGUUGUCAGAACUAUGGAGAAGGUGAGAGCAGCAGGUGUGGAUGUGAUGACAUUUGGUCAAUAUAUGAGACCGUCAAAGCGCCAUGUGCCAGUGUCUGAAUACAUUAUUCCUUAG